CUUCUCUCUUCUUCCUCUUCCUUGUGGACGCAAACGUGAUUCUUCCGACAUUUUACCCUACAUGUUUGUUUAUUAAUACAUUAAUUAACAUACCUCUCGUCAUAAACGGGCCAUUUAAUCGCCGUUGAUAAUAAAGUUGGCGGAUUCAAAUUGUUCCUAUCCGGGACCUCCAACCUUCCCGGAAGCGGGAGAGCGAGGUUCGCGCGCUGCGGCGGCCGCCUCAGAGGCAGCGGGAGGCGGCGAGCUGAGCGGCGGGUGAGGCGGUGCCGCGGAGCCGGAGGACGUCAUGGAGAUGCUUCGCCGCUCCUCCGUGUUCGCCGCCGAGGUGUUCGACCGCUCGCCCACCGACAAGGAGCUGGUGUCGCAGGCCAGGGCGCUCUGCCGGGACUACAUCCAGUCCAGGCUGAGCCGGGCGGGGGUCGGAUGGUCCAAGCCUGAGCCCACCAAGCUUGCUUCUUCUUGGGGGACGCAGGGGGAGGUCUCGGCGGUGCUCCUGUGGCUAGGUGACGAGCUGGAGUACCUGCGCCCCAACGUCUACCGCAACGUGGCGCGGCAACUCAACAUCACGGUGGCGUCGGAGAGCGCCGUGUCGGACGCCUUCCUGGCAGUGGCGGCGGACAUCUUCUCCACAGGCGUGACGUGGGGGAAGGUGGUGUCCUUGUACGCCGUUGCCGGAGCGCUGGCGGUGGACUGCGUUCGCCACGGCCACGCGGCCAUGGUGAACACCAUCGUGGACUGCAUGGGGGAGUUUGUCCGCAAGAGUCUAUCCACCUGGUUGAAGCGCCGCGGCGGAUGGGCAGACCUGACCAAGUGCGUGGUGAGCGCCGACGCCGGUUUCCACUCCCACUGGCUGAUUUCCUCGCUGUGCACCCUGGGACACUACGUCAUGGCCCUGGUCUUGUACCUUCUCAGGGAGAAGUGAGAGGCCAAAAGCGUCAUGGCCAUCUUUGGAUGGCGUUUACACUUAUUUGCACUGAGCCCUCAUUACGGCACGCACACCUCUCCUUGCUUCCAGUCUCCGCUUUUCUAUUUAUUGUCAAUUGUAGUAAUAUGGGCUUCACGGUGGCUGAGGGGUUAGUGCGUCUGCCUCACAAUACGAAGGUCCUGCAGUCCUGGGUUCAAAUCCAGGCUCUGGAUCUUUCUGUGUGGAGUUUGCAUGUUCUCCCCGUGACUGCGUGGGUUCCCUCCGGGUACUCCGGCUUCCUCCCACUUCCAAAGACAUGCACCUGGGGAUAGGCCCCUCCCACCUCCAAAAACAUGCACCUGGGGAUAGGUUGAUUGGCAACACUAAAUUGGCCCUAGUGUGUGAAUGUUGUCUGUCUAUCUGUGUUGGCCCUGCGAUGAGGUGGCGACUUGUCCAGGGUGUACCCUGCCUUCCGCCCGAUUGUAGCUGAGAUAGGCGCCAGCGCCCCCCGCGACCCCGGAAGGGAAUAAGCGGUAGAAAAUGGAUGGAUGGAUGUAGUAAUAUGCCACACCACUUGUUAAAAAGUCGACAUUUUUGUUGAAUUUCUUAUGUUUGCAACAGCUCUUCUCGAACUGCCUAUUUUGCUGCUUCACCUCGUCGUCAAGUCUGUUUGGUAAGAAUUAAAGGACGGGGUCUUCCCGUGCCUGACAUUUUGUCUAAAAUUGCUAUGCUGUAUUGACUUAAUGCACUUUUAUUGUACGACAUCACCUUUGGUUUGUCACGUCGCAUCAACAGCCCUGAAAAUGUAUCCGCCUUGUCUGCACAUUUGUGUUUAUUAAUAGCCUUGAAUAAAAGCUGGUAUUGGAACAAAAAAAGUGUUGAAUUUAAAAAUUUGGGACGCUGUUGGGAGAGCAACCUGAGGGUUCCUGGUUCAAUCCCCACCUUCUACCAUGAAUUCAUUAACGUGGACCCCGACUUAAACAAGUUGAAAAACUUAUUCGGGUGUUACCAUUUAGUGGUCAAUUAUAAGGAAUAUGUACUGUACUGUGCAAUCUACUAAUAAAAGUAUCAAUCAAUCAAUCAAAAUACCAUCCUAACAUUUACAAAACCAGUUUCCAUAUGAGUUGGGAAAUUGUGUUAGAUGUAAAUAUAAACAGAAUACAAUGAUUUGCAAAUCCUUUUCAACCCAUAUUCAGUUGAAUAUGCUACAAAGACAACAUAUUUGAUGUUCAAACUGAUAAAACUUUUUUUUUUGCAAAUAAUCAUUAACUUUAGAGUUUUAUGCCAGCAACACGUGACAAAGAAGUUGGGAAAGGUGGCAAUAAAUACUGAUAAAGUUGAGGAAUGCUCAUCAAACACUUAUUUGGAACAUUGGCUAUAAAAACAGCUUCCCAAAAAAUGCUCAGUCUUUCACAAGAAAGGAUGGGGCGAGGUACACCCCUUUGUCCACAACUGUGUGAGCAAAUAGUCAAACAGUUUAAGAACAACGUUUCUCAAAGUGCAAUUGCAAGAAAUUUAGAUAUUUCAACAUCUACGCUCCAUAAUAUCAUCAAAAGGUUCAGAGAAUCUGGAGAAAUCACUCCACGUAAGCAGCAUGGCCGGAAACCAACAUUGAAUGACCGUGACCUUCGAUCCCUCAGACGGCACUGUAUCAACAACCCACAUCAGUCUCUAAAGGAUAUCACCACAUGCGCUCAGGAACACUUCAGAAAACCACCUUCACUAAAUACAGUUGGUCGCUACAUCUGUAAGUGCAAGUUAGAGCUCUACCGUGCAAAGCGAAAGCCAUUUAUCAACAACAUCCACAAACGCCGCCGGCUUCUCUGGGCCCGAUAACAUCUAAGAUGGACUGAUACAAAUUGGAAAAGUGUGCUGUGGUCGGACGGGUCCACAUUUCAAAUUGUUUUUGGAAAUAUUCGACAUUGUGUGUGGGAAGCGAACCAUCCAGACUGUUAUCGACGCAAAGUUCAAAAGGCAGCAUGUGUGAUGGUAUGGGGGUGCAUUAGUGCCCAAGGCAUGGGUAGCUUACACAUCUGUGAAGACACCAUUAAUGCUGAAAGGUACAUACAGGUUUUGGAACAACAUAUGCUGCCAUCUAAGCGCCGUCUUUUUCAUGGACGCCCCUGCUUAUUUCAGCAAGACAAUGCCAAGCCACACUCAGCACGUGUUACAACAGCGUGGCUUCGUAAAAAAAAAAAGAGUGCGGGUACUUUCCUGGCCCGCCUGCAAUCCAGACCUGUCUCCCAUGGAAAAUGUGUGGCGCAUUAUGAAGCGUAAAAUACGACAGCGGAGACCCCGGACUGUUGAACGACUGAAGCUCUACAUAAAACAAGAAUGGGAAAGAAUUCCACUUUCAAAGCUUCAACAAUUAGUUUCCUCAGUUCCCAAACGUUUAUUGAGUGUUUUUAAAAGAAAAGGUGAUGUAACACAGUGGUGAACAUGCCCUUUCCCAACUACUUUGGCACGUGUUGCAGCCAUUAAAUUCUAAGUUAAUUAUUAUCUGCAAAAAAAAUAAAGUUUAUGAGUUUGAACAUCAAAUAUGUUGUCUUUGUAGCAUAUUCAACUGAAUAUGGGUUGAAAAGGAUUUGCAAAUCAUUGUAUUCCGUUUAUAUUUACAUCUAACACAAUUUCCCAACUCAUACGGAAACGGGGUUUGUACCAUGAAUUGAUUAACAUGGACCCUGACUUAAACGAGAUGAAAAACCUAUUGAGAUGUUACCAUUUAAUGGUCACUUGUACGGAAUAUGUACUGUACUGUGCAAUCUACUAAUAAAAGUUUCGAUAAAUCAAACCAACCUCUUACACACAUGGAAGAGGGAUGUGUACUAUG